AUGCCUACGAAUGGAAAUUUGAGAAUAAUUUGGUUCCUCUGUAUUGUCUUCCUAUUGUCAUUCAACUACUGGAAGUCGGUAGAAGCUUGUCCUCAUGGAUUUUACGGCACGGGAUGUUUCCUUUGGUGUAGCGGAAACUGUUGGAACAACGCCACCUGUAAUUCUACAACCGGCUUAUGCGACAAAGGAUGUACCCAAGGUUACACGGGACCGAUGUGCACGGGAAAAACUCCUGAAUCUUUUGCACUUAGCGCCGCUGAGCUCGUAUUUCUUAUUUCCGGUGUGGUGGUGGUUGCGAUUGUCAUCUUUGUUCCGACAACCCUGUACCUACGAUCUAAAUACAUUGGUCAGCAUGGAGGAAAAUUAGUAAGAAAAAAAUUCCUGAGAAGACCUACCCUAAAUAUAAGGGGUUCUAUAUUUUUGCCUUCUGACACGGAGAAUAUGAUGAGAAAUUCACGUCAGACGAUGUCCGCCAUAAACAACCAGGUUCAUAUAGUUACAAAGGAGGUGGAGGUCAAUGGAUUGGCGGAUCUACUGAGGUACGAUAAGAUAAAUGGGUACGAGGAACUGGUGGCGGAAUUCCAGACAAUUCCUGUUGGAGAACAGUGUCACAUACCAUGCACAGUCGCCAAACUUUAUAGAAACAUGUCCAAAAACAGAAGUAAUGUCACAAUAGCGUAUGAUCAUUCAAGAGUGAAGUUGGAAAAGAAGAAGUCGGACUACAUAAACGCAAAUUACAUUUCGGCAGAGGAUGAAUACAAAUGCAUAGCCUCGCAAGGUCCUGUUGAAGACACUGUGAUGGAUCACUGGACAAUGAUAUGGCAGGAGCGGAUCUCUGUUGUUGUUAUGCUGACAAACCUCACAGAAGACAGCAAAGAGAAGUGCUAUAGGUAUUGGCCCAGUAAACGUAAGACUAUUGCUGUGGGGCCACUAUCGAUAGGAGUCAUGCAGGAAAAGGUCUAUGCAUUUUAUACCUUAAGGAAGAUAAAGCUUGUUCAUAAGGAGACAAAAUCCAGUAGAUUGCUCUUUCAUUUUCAAUUCACUAAAUGGACAGACAGUGAGGUUCCGUAUCCCUCAGAGCUGGUUCAGUUUUACAGAAGUGUAAAGCGUUGUCAUGAUGCUCAAUCUAAGUCAACUUUACUUGUCCACUGCAGUGAAGGGGCCGGCAGGACGGGUACCUUUAUAGCUCUGGACAAACUGCAUAGAUCCGGUCUGAGAGAAGGGGUGGUCAAUGUAGCUAAAUGUCUCACUGAAAUGUGUAACCAGCGGAUGAAUAUGGUUGAAAACAUGGAACAGUAUGUAUUACUUUACCACACACUGAAAGAAUCAUUUCAUCGAAAUGUUAACCUUCUGAGAAAGGAAGAUGUGUCACAGAUACUGCAAGGGGAGAAAGGAAAACAAGAAAAGGAAAAUAUCUUUAGAAAAGAAUUCUGUGAGUGUAUGUCGGUGAGACCUAUUUAUGACGAAAGCAUCAAGGCUAAAGGACAUAUGAACAUUAAUCUUAAUCUGAUGCCAAACGUCUUACCGGUGGACGAGUUUCGAGUGCGCCUGUCAUCAGAUGAGUUCAACAGAAAUGAUUAUUACAAUGCUGUUUUCUUUGCGACAAUAACAGAAUACAAUAGCCUGAUAGCUGCUCAGUAUCCUGGGGAGAACACAGCUGUAGACCUGAUACGUCUGUUAGUAGAGCAGAAGUCAGCAGUGGUGGUCACUGUACACCCAUUCAUUGAGUUACGCUCGGUUGUACUGUGGUAUCCUGUGGAAUCUUCCGUCCUAACGCCUUAUAAAAUCCAAAGAGAGGCAACUGACCACGUCACAAACGAAAUUCAAAAGACUACACUUCUGAUAGAAAAUUCGAUAAAUGCUGAAGUGCACCGAGUCCAUGUAUACGAGAUUAUGUCGUGGAGCACCAAAAACAUCUUACCACAUGAUACCAAACUGUUAAUAACAGUCAUCACUGAGGCGUGUAACAGACGGGAGCAGGAGGGAGGGGGACCCAUUACGGUCAUGUCAUAUGACGGUGCGUCAGGUUGUGGGGUAUUUAUAGCUGUCUAUAACGCUAUGGAGCAGCUGAAAGUAGACGGAGUGGUGGAUAUGUUCAGUAUUGUACACGACAUCCACAUCAGGCGACCUGAGAUGAUGACCACAAUGGAUGAAUACGAGUUCUGUUACCGCGCCAUCGCUGAAUUGUAGAAGAUACCGAGAGAUCUUAGAAGUUCUCAACUUGUGCACUUUCGACAGUUUCAU